GUAAUAAAUGGGUAUAAAUAAGAAAUGAAAAUUCAAAAAAGUAUUAUUGUAUUUGAAUCUUUUAAUAGUUUCAACAUGUUCCGCUGGAUUUUACUCGCCUUAUAUUGUAUUUCAUUGACGUGCAGUUCGCCAACGAAACAGCGUCUUUUUAAAUUAAAUCAUCAUAAAUUUACUGGGGUAUUCAAAAAUCGUAUAAUUAAUGGAGUUGAUGCAGAAAAUACACCAUGGGUUAGUCGCAUAGUUACAUCUUACGAAUCUAAUGAUCAAGGUACAUCUAUUGGAAGUAAUUGUGGGGGUAGUUUAAUUUCACCUAAUUAUGUUUUAACUGCCCGCCAUUGUGUUAUUAAUGAUAAUAAUGAUUUGGCAAGUGAUGCAUUCUGGGUAAGUGUUGGCGAAGUAAAUUUUUUCAACGGUCAAAUAAUUCCAGUAACCGAAAUUGUACUAUUUAAUGCGGACAGUAAUGACGACGAUGUGGCUCUCCUAAAAUUAGAACACAAUGCUGAUGGUAUUGACCCAGUUCCUGUGCAAUACGAAGAUGAUAUAGAUUACAAUGGAAAAGAGGCAACAGUUUAUGGUUGGGGUGUAACUGAAACAGGCGAAGGAUCGGGAGUGUUAAAAACAACUAAUCUUAAAUUAUGGGGUCGUGACAAUUGUGGUGAAAAUCAAGUAUGUGCCAAUCCCGAACUUACAAAUUCAAAUGUGUGUAGUGGAGACAGUGGUGGUCCAAUGGUUUUAGAUGGAGUGUUAAUUGCUGUAACAAAUGCCGUUUCAGUUGUGGAUGAUCAACCAUGUACUGGUGAUAAAUCCUUUUUCGCCAGCACCUCCUUCUAUGGUGGUUGGAUUCAAGACACUAUUGGUUAAACAAACUAAGGUAAAAUUGAAAACAAACUAAUGGCGGAAAUAAUAAAUGGUACUGAUGAUCCACCAAAUGAAACGGCAUUUCUUACAGUAAUUAAACAUUUCUUCAAGAACCAUUGGACCACCACUGUCUCC